AUGAAUUAAAUAUACUUAAAGCCACUAGAUGAAACUUGUGAUAAUCCAUAAUUACAUGAGACAACAAAAAUGUUUCUUACAAUGAAUAAAGAGAAUCAUACAAGAGAUGAAUUACAUUAUAUUUUAUAAAGGAUGGAGGAACUACCUUACUUUAAGUAAUUUGUUUUAGAGAAAUUACAAAAAGGUACAUAAAGAAAUGAUAUUUUGGAAGUAGUUUUAUAUUUAAUAGUAAUUAGUUGUGUUCUCGUUUAAGAAUGGAAUACUUUAAAGGAGGAGAAGUGUUAUUCUAAGAGAAUGAUACAUCAAAUGAUAAACUUUAUAUGAUAUAAUAUGGAGAAGUUAUGUUAAUGAGAUAGAAAAAAAUGGAUUAAUUAAUGACAUUAUAGAAGUAGAAUUCUGAAUAAGUUCAAUAACCAUAACUAAAAAUGGCUUAAAUUCUAAAUGCUAAGAAAUUUACUAGUAAGAUAAUAAGACAUCAUAAUAUUCACAAAGAGACUACUAUUUCAAAGGAUGAUAAAUUGUCAUUGGAACAUAAAUAUGGAGAAUGUAUUAGAUUAUUGGGAAUAGGAACUGGGUUUGGAGAGAAAGCUUUGGUUGAGAAUAUUCCUAGAUCAUUAACUGUUGCAUGUUAUAGCCAUGAAUUAUUUGUGAUAGUUUUAAAGAAAGAUGAUUUUAUUACAUAUUAGAUGACGUUUGAAAAAACAAAGAAAGAAAAAUAACAAUUAAUGUUCAAAAUAUUUAAAAGUAAAGUUAAUAAUAAUUUAGAUGUGAAUAAUGAAUAUUCUUCUUAAAGAUUAGAAAGUAUGAUUUAUAGUUGUUAGACAAUAACAUAUGAUAGAGGAACUCAAUUAACAAUAGAAGAUGAAGAUGGUGAUGUAUUCUAUUUAGUUAUAAAUGGAGACUUGACUUUAUUUAAAAGAAUUGAUAAUCGAAAUGUUUCUUUAUGUAUAAUAUCUUCAGGACAUUUAAUUGGUGAAGAAAUUAUUAUUAACAAGACUGGUUAUUAUGAAUAUAGUUGUUAAGUUACAUCUUUAUUAGCAACAUUGAUUGUAAUUGAUGCAAAAGAGUUUAUUCACAAAUUUCCUGAAGAAUGUAGAUUAUAAUUAAUAGAAGAUUAUAGUACGAAAACUACAAAUAGAUAGAGAUUAUUACAAUUAUUAUUAUAAAAAAAGACAGCUUAAAACUUAUCAAAUAAAAUACUCACUAUUGAUUAAGUUAGAUUAUUAACAGAAAUGGAUGAUGUUGUCAAUAAUAAAAAUAAGAUUCAUAAUGUUGAAAGUCUUAAUAAAUAAAAAGAAAUUCAAUUGAAUCAACAUUUUUUAACUAAUUACUCAAACCCUAGUGUACAAAAUUAUUGUAUAUCCAAAAUAAUUGAUAGAGAAAAAACAUUUCAUAAAUUAACUAAGAGUAAUAGUGAAUUCUAAGAAUUUGAUUUUGGUAAUGGAAAUAAUGAUAUUAUUAAGAGGAGAAGAUUUAUGUUAGAAAAUAAAUUAAAUUUAAAGAAACCCUCUGAAAAUUAUCUAAGACCUCAAUUUCAUAUUCUUCCUUUAACUGUUAAAAGAGACUUAGUAAAGAAUUUUAGACUUAAUAACAAAAAAAAUAUUUGUUAUUCUAAUUUUAAUAUUUCAACAUUCACAAGGGUAUAGAAAUCAAAUAAGUAAUCAUCUCUGAAAAUAAGAGAGUUAAUGACAGCUAGACCUUCACAAUAAUAACAUGAUAGUUAUAGUACACAUAUGUUUACUUAGAUUGAUGAUAGACAAUCUCUUUGA